AACAUGAGCGCGCAAACGCUACCGUUACCAUGCACACCACUGCACCAAACAGUUAUCGCGGCUUGAAUAACAGAGGGGUAAAAAUCCGACUAGCAUAUUGAACUCAUAAUGAUCCUGUCCCGCACCAAAUCGGAAUCAGCCAAGGGAAAUCGUAACUCGGCUGGUUCCAGCAGCUCCAAAGCGGCUGUGAUUCCCACGUUCGAGGAGUUCCUUCUCCGCAGAGACUAUGUGGGGGCCAAAACUGUACUGCAGUGUUCGAAGGACUACGACGAGGUGUCGGAUUUGCUCAAGGAGCUGUGGGUGGCAUUCUGCAACUUUCACAUCGGCGACUACAAAGAAGCCCUGCAGCAGUAUGAGAAAAUUUACGCGGACGAUGGGACGCAAAAGGAGGUGGCACUGAAUGUGUGCGUCUGUAUGUUCUAUUUGGGGAUGUAUGAGGAGUCGCAGAAACUGGUGGAAGAGCUACCGGAGAAUCCUUUGAAGAUAAGAUUGUUGUUCCAUUUGGCGCAUAAACUGAGCGAGGAGGAUCGAUUGAUGGAACUGCACGGGUCUUUGAGAGAUGUCGUUGAAGAUCAGUUGAGUUUGGCCGGGAUGCAUUACUUGAGAUCACAUUAUCAGGAAGCGAUCGAUAUCUAUAAGCGCGUUUUGCUGGAUAACAAGGAUCUGCUAGCGCUGAACGUUUAUAUUGCCAUUUGCUACUACAAGUUAGAUUACUACGACAUAUCGCAGGAAGUUCUGGAUUUGUACUUGAACCAACAUCCGGAUAGUACGAUAGCAAUCAACUUGAAGGCAUGCAAUAGAUUCCGUUUGUUCAAUGGACGAGCAGCUGAACAGGAAAUCAAGAACAUUGUCGACAAUGGAACGUUCGGUGCUGAUCUGAUCAAGCAUAACUUGGUGGUGUUCCGAAAUGGAGAAGGCGCUCUCCAAGUAUUGCCUCAACUGAUCGACAUCGUGCCGGAAGCUCGUCUGAAUUUGGCAAUCCAUCAUCUUCGUCGUGGUGAGAUCCAAGAGGCACAUCAUCUCAUGAAAGAAGUUCAACCCACAGUGCCUCAGGAAUACAUCCUUAAGGGAGUAGUACAUGCCGCACUAGGACAGGAAACUGGAUCAAAAGAACAUCUGAAAAACGCCCAACAAUGUCUCCAUCUCGUGGGAGGAUCAGCUUCGGAAUGUGACACCAUCCCCGGUCGGCAGAGCAUGGCUUCGGCCUUCUUCCUCUACGGCCAGUUCGAGGAAGUUCUCGUAUAUCUCAACUCGAUUCGCAGCUACUUCGUCAACGACGACGUUUUCAACUACAACUACGCCCAAGCGAAAGCCGCUACCGGUUAUUACAAGGAAGCCGAAGAGCUCCUGCUUCAAAUCCACGACAUAACCAUCAAAACUGACCACACCUAUGCCAUGGUGCUGGCCAAAUGCCACGUCCACUCCGGACACGCCGACCAAGCGUGGAACAUAUUCCUAACGAAGGACUCCACUCCGGAAGCAUUCUCCCUUCUUCAGCUCAUCGCCAACGACAGCUACAGGGUGGGCGAAUUUUGGGUGGCAGCCAAAGCGUUCGAUACCCUUGAAAAGUUGGAUCCCAACCCGGAAUACUGGGAAGGCAAACGGGGUGCCUGUGCCGGGGCAAUUCAGGCGAUUCUGGCUAAACGGUCCAGUGGAGCUCCUCCGGGAGGCGUUGCCGAGGUGAUUGCUCUACUAAGAGACUCGACCAACACCCAGGCGGAAAGCAUGCUUCGAACGAUUCGACGGUUCGCCAGCAGCAUCAAGUAGAAAAAAAUAACACGUUGGAAGGGGAUUAAUGAGUAAAAGUUUGAAUAUUGAUAAAGUUUGCCUUGAAUUGUGUUUUCGCUCGAUAAGUGUAUAUUCAAUAAAUGCUGUCAGCAAGUGUGCUGCCGAACAAG